CUGCCCGCGAACGGCGACACCAUGGCGGCGCCCAUGCCCGUGCCACGGCCAGUCACCCACCUACUCUUUGACAUGGACGGCCUCCUUCUGGACACCGAACGGCUCUACUCCGUGGUGUUCCAGGAAAUCUGUGGCCGCUACGGGAAGCAGUACAGCUGGGACGUGAAGUCCCUGGUGAUGGGCAAGAAGGCCCUGGAGGCGGCGCAGAUCAUCAUCGACGUGCUGCGGCUGCCCAUGGACAAGGAGGCGCUGGUGGAGGAGAGCCAGGCGCGGCUCAAGCAGCUGUUCCCCACGGCGGCGCUCAUGCCAGGGGCGGAGCGGCUGGUCCGCCAUCUGCGUCAGCACCGCGUGCCCAUGGCGGUGGCCACCAGCUCGGGAGCCGUGUCCUUCGAGAUGAAGACCAGCCGCCACCAGGACUUCUUCGGCUUGUUCGAUCACAUCGUUCUGGGGGACGAUCCCGAAGUGAGGAAGGGCAAGCCGGACCCAGACAUAUUUCUGGCCUGCGCGAAGCGGUUUUCCCCUCCUGCGGCUGCGGACAAGUGCCUGGUGUUUGAAGACGCUCCCAACGGGGUGGAGGCGGCCCUCGCAGCCGGGAUGCAGGUGGUGAUGGUCCCCGAUGCCAACUUGCGGCAAGACCUCACGGCCAAGGCCACCGCCGUGCUGGGCUCCCUGCAGGACUUCCAGCCCCAGCUGUUCGGGCUGCCGCCCUACGCCUGAGAGGCCGCCCUGUGGCUGCCCCCGCCCCGCCCCCGC